AUAUGCUCUUUUACAAAAAUGUUUGGUAUUCGAUAAACAUCAAAUUUGAAGAUGGUCAAGUAGAUAUUUUUAUCAAUAAAUUCAUCUGUUGAAAUAUUUCAUCUUAUCAAUUAAGAUAAUUUAUGAGUCCAAAAAUUUAUUGUAUAUAUUGCCAUGACUUAGUUUGCUUAUGUAACACAUUUAUAGCUAAUGAAAAAAGAAGAAAUGUUUCGCAUUUUGAAUAAAAGAUGAAUAAACCGCGCGUUCUAGUUAAAAGCUGCAAUGAAGUACCUAAGGUUGCUUUAAAUCUACUUAAAAGCAAAUACAAUGUCACUGCGAUUGAGUCUCAUUGUCAUGCGAGGAAAGAAAUUUUGGAAGUUAUUCCAGAACAUGAUGCACUAUUUCUUCCUCUACCUCACACAAAAGUUGAUAAAGAAUUUCUUAAUACUGCAGGUAUAUACUCUAUUUCAGGUCCUAAUCUAAAAGUGAUAGCAACUUUAUCUGUUGGAUACGAUCAUUUGGAUCUUGCUGAAAUUAAAAAAAGAGGAAUUAAAGUGGGAUAUAGUCCCUGUGCCUCGUCAGUGGCAGUCGCCGAAAUCGCAAUAGCUUUGAUUUUGAGUGCUGCAAGACGUGCCCAUGAAGGAAGAUUAAAAUUGGAAAGUGGCGAUGUAAGAAGAACUUUUCAAUGGAUGGUUGGCUACGAUUUACGUGGAUCGACAGUAGGAAUAGUUGGAUUUGGAAAUAUUGGCAAAGCAAUUUUUAAAAGACUCCAAGGCUUCGAAGUCGGUCAAUUUCUUUAUACUGGACAUUCAAGAAAAGAAGAUGGCGAUGAUCUCGGAGCAAAAUUUGUUUCACUUGAUGAACUCCUUGAAAAAAGUGAUUUCAUAGUUGUUGCAACGCCACUGAAUUCUGAAACUUUUGAGAUGUUUUGCUAUGAAAGUUUCGCAAAAAUGAAGAAAAAUGCUGUUUUUGUCAACGUGGGCAGAGGAAAAGUUGUCAAAACUAAUGAUUUAGUCAAAGCACUCAAAAAUAAUACUAUUUUUGCUGCGGGACUUGAUGUUACAGAUCCAGAACCUUUACCAAUUGACCAUGAACUUUUAAAACUUACAAAUGCUGUAAUUCUUCCACAUUUGGGAAGUGCAACUGUAAAAACAAGAGAAGAUAUGGCAAUGAUAGCUGCCCAAAAUAUUAUCAACGGCCUCGAAGGAAAACCUUUGCCUUAUCCAUUAUGACAUAUAAACUUUUAUCAAAAUUAAACAGUCCAAGUUUCAAGAAUAGGAAAACAUUUUGAGAGUGAAUGAAACUGAACUACAAUAUUUUCUGUUUAAUGUACUUUAUAUCUUAAUUAAUUUUAUAAGUAACAAGAGAAAUAACGAAUAAAAAUACAAGCU